AUGGCCACGCCCAUGAGCUCCAAGGACAAUGACUAUGAAUCAGAGCCGGACCAGACCUUUGGUCGGCCCAAGAGGAAGGUGAGCCAGGCCACAAUGGAGAAACUGGCCACCACCCGGCCAACGGCCAGAGUUCAGCGGCGCCGGAUGCGGUGCCGCCAGUGUGAGGCCUGCGUGCUGACCGACUGCGGGCAGUGCCGCUAUUGCAAGGACAUGAAGAAGUUUGGGGGUCCCGGGCGAAUGAAGCAAAGUUGUGUGAGGCGACAGUGCCUGGCGCCAGUACUGUCCCAAACCACCGUGUGCUGCUUGUGUGGCGAGGUGAGGAAGGAAGACACAGUGGAAGCGGAGGAAGACAAGUUUAACCUCACGCUCAUGGAGUGCUGCGUCUGCACCAAAGUCACCCACCCUGAAUGCCUGAAUAUUAAGGAGUCAGAGUAUGUGAUCAACAGCAAGCUUCCGAACUCCUGGGAGUGUCCGAAGUGUUACCACACCAGGAAACAAAGGGAUGGCCCUGGCUUUAAAUAUGCCUCAAAACUGCCCAGCACCCUGCUCGAGGAGCCAAAGACAAACCAGAAGAUGGAAGGGCAGAAGCCUGCCGAGGGGAGUGAGUGUGAGGAGGCGCCCGGGCCCAGCUCAGAAGAACACCCCGGAAAGGUGCCCCCGGGUGGCUUACAGCACCCAAAGACUGACAAUGCUCAUCUGAGGACGUGGGAGCACAGGAAGCCGUGGGAGCUGGAGGGACGUGAGCAAGCCUUGACGCUUCAAACAUCGCCCAGUUCCUCCUCUCACCUCUCGCCGAGGUCCCCUCAAGGCAGCACCCUCAGCCCCUGGUGGACAUCCGGUCUCACUUACUUCCAGAAGCUGCUAAAACCUGAAAAUGAAGAUAAGCUUUUCAAGGAAAAGCAGCAGUCCGAGAAGAACACCGAGAAUCGGAAGGCGCUGGCCAACAAGCCCCUCCAGCACUUCGAGCACAAUACAGAGGACGAUCUGCCUGAGGUGCGCCCCAAGACCAGAGAGAGCGACCACUCACACUCCAGCUCACCCACUGCCGCGCCCAGCACUGAGGGGGCCGAGGGCCGGGAGGCCAAGGUGAAGACGCGCCGGAAACAGCAGUUUCCCAGCGAGCUGAGCAAGAAGUCGAGAAAGGAGCUUCACCACAAGAUCCAGAAAACAGAGAGUAUCUUAGACGAUGAGAACCACCAGCCGGUUGAGUUGGAGCACAAGAGCAAGAACAAGGAGCCCAAGCAGCCUCGGCGCUUCUGUGAGCACCCCCACAGUUUCAGUGAGAUGUGUCACCAGCUGGGGCCUGGCCUGCAAGGCCUGCCCCUCGCCACCUCCAGGCCCCCGCCCUCCAUGUCCUCAUCCAUGUGCAUCCAGAUGGAGCCCCAUGUGAUCCGGCCACCCCCCAAUACCCCCCCACCCAACUUGCUGCCCCUAGAUGAUGGGGUGACCCACGUCAUGCACAGGGACAUGUGGAUGAACGUCUUCAGCUACCUCAACCAACAAGACCUGUGUGUCUGCAUGCAGGUCUGCAGGACCUGGAACCUCUGGUGCUGCAAUAAGCGGUUGUGGACCCGCAUGGACCUGAGCCACUGCAAGCCCAUCACGCCCCUGAUGCUGAGCGGCAUUGUCCGGCGACAGCCUGUCUUCCUCAAUCUCAGCUGGACCAAUAUUUCCAGGAAGCAGCUGAGCUGGCUCAUCAACCGGUUGCCUGGGCUCCGACACUUGAUGCUGUCGGGCUGCUCAUGGGUUGCAGUCUCAGCCCUCUGUAGUUCCAGUUGUCCGUUGCUCCAAACCCUGGAUAUCCAGUGGGUAGAAGGACUAAAGAAUGCCCAGAUGCAGGAUCUCCUGUGCCCGCCCACAGAUAACAGGCCAGGUCAGAUGGACAAUCGAAGCAAGCUCCGGAACAUCAUGGAGCUGAACCUGGCAGGUCUAGACAUCACGGACGCCUCCCUGCAGCUCAUCAUCUGCCACAUGCCCCUGCUGUCCAAGCUCAACCUUAGUUACUGUAACCACAUCACUGACCAGUCCGUCAACCUGCUCACAGCUGUGGGCACCAACACCCGAGACUCCUUAACCAAGAUCAACCUGUCAGGCUGCAGUAAGAUCACUGAUCAGUGCCUGUCCUUCUUCAAACGCUGUAGAAAUAUCUGUCAGAUUGACCUGAGGUAUUGCACGCAAGUCACCAAGGAAGCCUGUGAGCAGUUCAUAGCCAAAAUGAUUCCAAGUGUCCAGUUUGGACAAGUGGAAGAAAAAUGCCUGCAAAAACUGAAUUAG